AUGCGCCUGCCGUUGGCACUCGUCUUCGGCGCGCUGCUUGGAAGCGUCCACGCAAAUGUUGUGAUCCGACAAGACGACUCGGGCUCUUCGUCCACCGCUCCAGGCCCGACCGAUGGAGGUGACUCGUCCAGCUCUUCAUCGCCGUCGUCGACCACUCCUCCCCCGACCUCGUCGACUCCUGGCAGUAGCAGCAGUAGCAGCAGUAGCAGUAGCAGCAGCAGCAGCAGCAGCUCUGACGAGGACAGCACCACCACCAUCUUCGAGACCGAGACUGUGACGGGCCCCGACGGCAAGACUGUCACAAGCAUCAGGACCGAGACGACGACCAUCACCACGACGAUUACCACGACGUCGACGGCUUUUACCACGACCACUGUUACUAGCAGCAACGCGGAAACGGCCACGACGACCGUCUUUGAGAUCACCACGGUCCUCGAAACGCCCACGGCCGCACAGAAGCGGGAUCUCAGGAUUGCGCCCAGGACGGGAGUUGAUCCUCUUCCCACCGAGGUUGUUGAUGCCGACGCCCUGAACCAAUAUCUGGCUCUGCGCGACUUGGAGGCGCGCGCCUUCGUCACCGAUGUCGUGACCGUGACCGUCGGAGGCGGCAGUGGCACUACCAUUGUCGACACUACUACCAGGACCGUCAGAGACACCGAGACCACCCGGACCGUUGUUACCAGGACCAUCACCCAGACGCACCAGGCCAAUGCCAAGACGACCGUCACCUCGACCAGCACCUUGACCGUCACCUCGACUGUUGUCAACACCGGUGUCCAGGAGACCAGCAGUGCCCCGACAGGCUCCGGCACGGGCGUUCCGGAUAACAACAACGGCCAUGCCACCGAUAGCUCGGGCCUGUCCACCGGCGCCAAGGCUGGUAUUGGUGUCGGCGUGGGUGUCGGCGGUCUUCUCAUCAUCGGCGCCGCCCUCUUCCUCAUCCUGAGGCGUCGCAACCGCGGCUUUAGCCCUGACCACGACGACCUGGUUGGCGCUUCUGAGGUCCCGAUCGGCGGCGGCGGUGGCGGCGGAAUUGGCGGUCCCGGUCGCCAGCAACCCAUGUCGGCUCACACCGCCAACGCAGCAGCUUUCCUGGCCCCCGGCCGCACUCCCGUCAAGCCCGUCGCUCCCGAGGGCUACCGUGGUACCGCCCUGGGUGAUGGACGUGCUGGAUAUGCCAAGCCAGAGACCUACGGUUCAGCCUACACCUCGCCCAGCCCGGCGACGACAAUGGCAAACACCGUCAGCCCCGUCUCGUUCGACAACAGGACCAACCUGCCUCCUGCUCAUGCCGAUGCUGCUGAGCUGGGCAACGACAACGUCAACGCUGCCAAAUGGACAAACCCCGAAGCUUCCGAAAUUGACGGCAAUGCAGUCCUGAGCCACCAGAGCGGGCCAGUCUACGAAAUGCCUACGCAAAAUUACCACUAA